AUGAUGAUCUCUUGCAGCUCGGGCAAACGACAGAAGAUGAUUCAUGGGUGUGAGAAUCAAGCCCCUGUACAAAACCCUAAUCCUGAUGCUUGUUCUCCAAGUUUGUGCCAUGUAGCCUCCAAGAGGCGUGGACAAGUGGUAAUUUCCAACACGGUAAGAAGAAGAAAGGCCCCGGUUAUAGAAAGAGAGGCGGUGGUUCAAGAGAGAGGUAGGACGCCGGAAUGGCUGGUUAACGUGAUGAGAGAAAAGAAUGGUACGGGCGCGAAGAUGAUAAUGAGGGAGAAGGUUCUUAAAGAGAGUGAUGUCAACAAACGCGAGGCCCGUCUCUUGAUUCCCUGGAACGACAUAGUGGAUAUGGACUUAAUGAACGAUGAGGAGUUGGAAAUCGAUCUUAACCUCAGGAGAUGGGAUAUGGGGUCCAAUUCCAACUACGUCUUGGCUUCAGGGUGGAACAAGGUCGUCUUCUGUCCCGUUAAAAGGCUAAGGAGAGGCCAGAGGUUUCAGAUUUGGUCCUUCCGCUCCCCAGACAAGCUCUAUAUUGCUCUCGUUCCUCCGGAACCAGCUCCAGCUCUGGCUAUCGCUCUUGGUCCGGCUACAGAUCUAGCUCCAUCUUCAAUUCUGGCUCCACUAUUAUCGAGGCACAAGAAGAGUGGCAGAGGAGAUUAUUUGUUGACCUUCCAAGGAGAAGGUUGACCAAUCGAGUUCCGGUUCCAGUUAAAGAUUGCGAGGGACUAAAUUUAUUGGCUGAGGUAUGCGAGGAUACGACUCGUCAUGACUCAUGAGGCUGUACAAGUGGCAAAUGAGGGGAGCUCACUGGUCUCCGUCACAGAACGGGAUCUCGAGAUCCGGCUGUAAACUAAAGAUUCUGUCAAAUACUAAUUUCUCUCCGUUUUUUUUGGUUUUUUUUUUUUUGGUUUGGU